AUGGCCGGUCGACGGACGGCCUUUUAUGUGCUCUCCCUCGCCUUGGUGCGCGGCGCUGCUGCCGCUGGAGGCCAUUUGGACGAAAAAGCGCGCAUCACUUUGGCUUGUCUACUUGGUGGCGUUCCCGCCCUGUCCAUGAUCCUCCUCUUGCUCUUCUGCAUUUGGAUUCACAAGCGCAAGCGAAAGCUCCGCAAGCAUGCCCUCGCCAAUGGAAUCGAGCUCGACCAAGACGGGUGGCCUGUGCCCGUACAGCACUCUCAGGCGAAUUCCAACGCCGAACUCCCAACCUACCAGCCCCAUAAUCAGUAUCAGUCCUCUACCAAUGUUCACUCGCAGACGCAUACCGCAUCGAGGCCCACUGAGGAUACUCAUGUGGCAAAUCCGGUGACGGCACCUUCUACGGAUACACAACCUGAGACGAAGGUCUACCAGGUUCUUUACGACUAG